ACCUUCUUCCCUUUAGGGAAGGCUAAGCUGGAAUGUCCAGGAAGGUCCAUGCUUCAGAUAGCAAUCAGCCAGCUGCCUUUCGUGUUUGGCAGUCACUUGCCUGCCUUCUAAAUUGUAGGCAUAUGUAUUUCCCCGCAGUUCUUUCUGUGUUGUUUUGUUUAGGUUUUUUUCCCCCAAGUUUGAAAGUUGCUAGGAAAUGGCAGUAGGAAAUCCCUGCGGUCUGCUCUUUGUCCUGAGAAUAACUUCUACCUUAUUAGAUACAUAUUUAUUUAUGUAACAACUGAAAGUAAAACAGAAUGGAGGAGGGGGUGGAGCAUUUGCUGCUGUCACUUGUGCAAACCUUAUCCUAACUUCUGUGUCGUGUCGACUUGCUGCUCAGCACUCCAAGAUUUGUCCCAAAAUGUAGUUUCCUGAUCCAGAUGCUGUUAUUCUCUUCUGAGUAAUGGUCCAGCAGGCAGGAUGCUGGGGAAGGCACAGCAAACACAAAACUCUGCUGGAGCAUUGAGCAGGCUGCAGGGUCAGAAAACACACCUGAAAAGUAUUUGUCUGAGGUAUCUGCUUCUGAACAGCCAUUGCUUUUGCCUUUUACAGAAUGGGAUGGGACUAAUCAUCUUCUUCCUAUGUGCUUAUGUACCAAAGACAGAAGCCGGUCAUUGCAAGUGGGCAGAAGUUCUGGAAGAUUUGGAAAGGAUCAAGACAUCCAAAGAUAUUGAUGUCAGUUUAUACACUGCAAAUGCAGAUGAAGAUGAAGAAUGCCAAGAACUUGUCAUGAGGUGCUUUUUCUUAGAGACAGAAGUGAUAAUUCAAGAAUGUCGUAUCAAAAAUUGCAGCAAAACACAGGAUGUGUGGAACAUAUGGAAAAAUGGAAAUGAAAGCUUCGAAAAAAAUAAGGCACCUCCAUUUCUCUAUCUUCAACUGAUAAAUGGCUGAGUCAUUCAGCUGUCCACUUACUGGGAAGGAAGUUUCAAUCUCAUUAUGGCAACAAACACACUGUCUGCUUCUCUUUUAUUGUUGGGAUGCUCCCAACAAUCAGUCUUUAGCACUCUGAGGAGAUGAAUCUCCAGUAAACUGCAAGAGGAAGAACAUAAAUGUGAGCAUGUGGGAUGUCAUCUUCUGGGGGACUUGUAGACAAACAGGUUGGUAAAUUCAUAAGCACAUUGAUAUCAGCAUUAAUCACUGGUAGAAAUAUCACAAAAAAGAAAUAAAUUAUUUUCCACCAUAAAACAUCAAAACCAGAAGUGUUUAUUACAUAGUUUGCAUGAAAUAAAAUGGUCCUAAAUUUUAAAUUUUUCCUUAAUUCAGGGAUAUGCACUGAAUAUGAUUUUUCCUUACCUGAUGUCACGUGCACAGGAAAGGUAACACCAAGUUACAACUUUGGUCUCUAGUCAAAGAGAUAAAGGGACUUUCCUUAUUUCUGGCUUAGAGAGGGAAACGGUAUACUGAUUAUGGGGGAACCAAAGAGCUGCUUUGCUCAGAAUUUUCUUUAUCUUGACCGUUUUGAAAAUCAAUUUCCUGAUUUUAUUUUGUUUUUCAUUAACUCAUUUACCAGUGGCAAGUAUGUUAAAUACUGUGAAUUUGUGUUUCCAAAGAAUAUUGCUAAGUCUGUGACCACUCAGCUUGUCACUCUGUUAGCCACUUCCUGUUGGACACUGGCCAUACCCCUUUUAUUUCAUUUUACUUCCACCUGGUCAAUGUGCAUAUUCUGGGAUUAAAAGAGGCCAUUUGCCAAUCUGGAUCUCCAGCAUUUCUGUUAGGGCUUACUUUUUCCUGAGAGCUAUGUAGCCAUCUGAAAGCUUUACCACAUCCUGAAUUCAAUGGUUGUAAUAAAUUAUCUGGUUGGUAUAAAGGAAGGACUAAAUUAAGGCCAGCUUGUUAUUUGGUUGGUUUGUA